AUGAUAUCUGUACGUAUUGACUUGUACAACGGCUAUGGUGAACGCUUACAUACAGAUGGGGAUCUUCUUCGUAUAUGGAUGACGGACACGUCCAAUAACGCCAAUGUUAACGGCUACGUCACCGCCAUCGGUAAUGGUUCCUACAUAGGUCAAGUGAUGGCUGUGUGGAAGGGAAAAUCAGUGAUUAAAAUAUCCAUUGCUAAUACAAAGGAACAAAUAGGCCUGGUGUUACAGUAUGUAGAGAAAUACGGACUACUUCGAAAUAUAGAAGCCACUUUUAGAUCGGCGGAUACGAACAUAUCAGAGAACACACAAUGUAGUGUUAAACCAGUUUACGGAGAGAUAUGUAACUUUACAGAGGAGAACCAUGGUCUGCAUUGGUACUGCGGUCGCCCACGAGACACACAACUGACAUGUCGAGAUUGGAGGGCAACGACUGGCACCAAUUGUAAUAGCCUGAGCCCUAUUGCUCUCAAACUAUCAAGAUUUCACAAGAAUAUGAUUCUGAAUGACCUGCCGGCAAUCAGAGUGAUAGGAGAUGACAUGUUUGUACAAUCCGAUAAGUCUCCGUGCCACAAGCGACCGAAGAAGGACACAUGGGUGGAGGCUUCCCCUUCUGGAUUCUACUAUAACAGCCGCUGGCGCGCUUUGGGAUGCUCAAACAGACUGGAUCACCCCCUUUCUACAUCGUAUGUUAGCUGUCUCAGUGGUUACCAUGUGUUACUGAUUGGAGAUUCUAAUCUCCGUUCAUGGUUUAAACACAUUAAAACUAUGCUUAAUAUGACCAUAACGACGAGACAUUUGAAUCGAAAAUGGUAUACGACAUACGAAGCAGAAAAUGUAAAGCUUAAUACGUCUCUGGCUUUAGCUGUACACGCUAAUCCGUUUUACGGCGGUUCCACAGCUCUACCGAAAUCUUCCAUCCAAUCAGUGGCUUGGCAAAUAGACCGAGUGCGCACGACAAAGAAUAUUGCUAUCGUGAUUCACAUGUAUCUGCAUUUGGCUAGGACCGUUUCAGAAGAGUAUCGGGCACAUGUUAAAGAAGCUAAAAGAGGCAUUGACAGGCUUUUAAAACGUGCACCCAAUGCCGCCGUUUUUGUCAAAGGACCUCACGCCGUCACAGCACCGGCUUUCCAAGCACCUGUAGAUUAUAUCAGACAGGUUCAGGAACAAAUACUUCAUGAGGAAUUCAAAGAUAUCAUUGAUAAGGUAGUGUUUUUGAAUCAAUGGGACAUGACAGCUGGAAGUGCAAGUGUACCUAUCCAUCCAAAUAAGGAAAUUUUGUGUAGCAUGGUUGAUCUUUUUAUAUCUUAUUUGUGCAAUUAG